UCCUGAUUUCCUGUAAACCCUACCCCGACUGUUGAAGAGUAGUACAGUUCAGCAUUUUAACUCUUCAGCGCUCCAUACUUCACACAUGCCUUAACUCCAGGAUUCUAAUUUACAUUGGGAUUUAAACUGUUAGAAAUACUGAACACUUACAAAGAGCGAAUAUGAAACAGACCUAUUCUGACUCAAAACGGUGACUUUCCAGAAGCUGAAACAGUAAUGUAGAAGUUCUGCUUUCCUGUAACUUCACCUUUCUGGAGGUGUUUCACCAAACUCAAUUACCAAAGGGCUGUUUGUGACCUUCACUCUCCCGAACGCAACACCGGGAUUCUUAUGUACAAAGUUAGAAUUAACGGCUAAAGUGUACUGCCAGUAGUGCUGUUGCUGUAUCUGGUGUUCUACGAUGACAACAUCUAUUCCUGUCCCUAAGCUGCUGAUGGACAUUCUGGAAGAGCUGGGUGAAAAUGACCUGAAAAGAUUUCAGUGGUACAUGAUUCAGAACAAGUUUGAAAGCUGUCCCUCCAUCCCAUCAAGUCAACUGCAGAAUGCAAAGAAGGAGGAAACGGUGGAUAUGCUGGUGCGGACCUAUGGAGAGAAUAUGGCUGUGGAUGUCACACUGGAUAUCCUACGUAGAAUGAAAAACAAUAAUCUUGCUGACCAGUUAACUGAAGCUUGGGAGGAGCGUAUAAAGAUAUCUCCGUCAGUGGCACCAUCUGAGAGAAUGGCUUCCAGAUCGUCUCUCCCAGAGGAGGAUCUCUCUUGUCCUGUGUGUGGUGAAAUCUUCGAGCGUCCUCUCAUCCUGUCCUGUAGCCACAGCUUCUGUAAAGAGUGUCUGGAGAAGACCUGGAAAAAGACCACAUCUCGGGGCUGUCCACUUUGCAGGAGCAUAUCUUCGAUGGAAUUACCUAACCUGGCUUUGAAGAACUUGUGUGAGUCCUUCUUACAGAAGACUGAAAAGAGAGCUCAUACGAGUCUGGAUGAAGUCUCAUUCCAGACUGGCCUAAAGCCUCUUGAGGAGAAGCUGAAGGACUUUAAGAAAAUUCAACAAAUCUGUGCUCAAACAACAAAACACAUUAAGAGCCAGGCCCGGAACACAGAGAGGCAGAUUGAGGAGGAGUUUGAGAAGCUUUACCAGUUUCUACGACAGGAAGAGAAGGCCAGGAUAGCUGCAGUGGGGGAGGAAGAGCAGCAGAAGAUUCAGAUGAUGAAGAAGAUUGAAGAGAUGACCAGGGGUACAUUAUCACUUUCAGACACAAUCAGAGAUAUAGAGGAGCUGCGAACUGAAGACAUCUCAUUGGUGCAGAACUACAAGGCCAUGAUAGAAAAGACCCAGUGCACACUGCCCAAUCCAAAGCUGCUCUCAGGAGCACUGAUAAAUGUAGCCAAACACCUGGGCAACCUGCAGUUCAGAGUCUGGGAGAAGAUGCAGGGAAUCGUCAAACACACUCCCGUGAUUCUGGACCCCAACACUGCCGCCCCUUGGCUUUCUCUGUCUGACGAUCUGACCAGUGUGAGUCACAAAUGGAAGCAGCAACCUAUGAACCUAGAACGGUUUGAGAAUUAUCAAAUUGUACUGGGCUCUGUAGGGUUCAGCUCAGGAAAGCACAGCUGGGAGGUGGAGGUGGGGGACCAUCCUCUCUGGGAUAUGGGUGUGGCCGAAGAGUCCAUCGAGAGGAAGAAAAAUCUGACCGUGUCACCAGAAUGUGGAAUCUGGGCUAUUUGGUUGAGGAACAGCAAGUACAUAGCAGGAGUAGGUGGGAUCCUCCCUCUGCAGAUGAGACCCCAGAGGAUCAAAGUGCAGCUGGACUAUGACAGUGGGGAGGUAUCUUUCUACGACUCCAAAUAUAUGACUCACAUCUACACUUACAAAGACAUUACAUUUAAAGAGAGGAUGUACCCAUACUGUAUGGUUGGACCCAGUAGUAAUGCCACCAACCCUGAUAUAAAGAUCUGCCAAUCAGAGGUGUCUCUGACAAUGUUAUCUCAGUGAGGUGUGUGUUUCUGUGUGUCUUUGUGUGUGUGAAUUAACUUUGAUAAUGAUGGUGAUUAUAUCUUGAAGAUGAAAUCAGAUGAGAGCUGAAUCUGUUCAUCUUUGUUAGUGUGUCAAGUGAAAUAAUGUGUGUGUGAUUGUAGUUUCUCACAAUAAUGGUCAACUGGUAUAAUUUCUACUUUUUCCAUUCUGUAUAAUAGUGUAUUGUGUGUGUGGUGGUUGGGGGGGUAGGGGGGGCUAUUUUAUUUUAUCCACCUGUUGACUUUGUUGAAUUUUGUAUUUGAAUUAUUCUACAUCCAUUUUUGGAUUUAUAAGUAAAUUAUAUUUACCCAUUGAUUCUUGAAGAAUAUACUGUGUUAUAAAUGCCUCAUGAGCUUAGUACAACUGUCAAACCCCAUCAGAACCCAUAUCAAACUGUAUUUGUCACAUGCUUCAUAGACAACAGGUGUUGUGGUGUGUGUGUGUGUGGCGUUAGUAUGCAUGUGUGUGCAUGUUAUAUGUGUGAGUAUGUAAUGUGUGUGUGGGUGGGUGGGGGGUAAGUGUAAGAAUGUGUGAGUGUGUGGGUAAAGUCCAGUGUGUGUGCAUAGAGACAGUGCAAGAGAGUUAGUGCAAUGUUUGUAAACAAACACUAUAUAGCCUAUACAAGCUAUGAUUGUGGCUCCUAUUCAUUCCGCAUCGUGGAAGUUGAGCAUUACAACAUGAUUGAAAUUUAAAGGCAAUGUUCCUGCUUUAGCCGGAGACUGCAUUCACGGUAAACGCUGCAUAUGUCAGGUAAAUCAAAAAUGACCUUUAAAUUUCUAUCUCAGAAUCUGUAAUGCUUCUGUAAUGCUUCAGCUGUACAGAUGGAAUAGAGCCCUUUGAUAUAAUGGAUGGUGUGUUCUUGCAUCCAUAGCAUCCAGUUUGAAACGCACUACUGAAACCAAUGUAAUAUUUUGACAUGGCGGGAAUUGCAUGCAACAACAAAGCACUACCUCCUUCCUGGACCUUGGCAUGACUGUUCAAAUGACAAGCUAACUAUUUCAAAUCAAAUCGUAUUGGUUACAUACAUGGUUAGCAGAUGUUAAUGCGAGUGUAGCAAAGUGCUUGUGCUUCUAGUUCCGACCGUGCAGCAAUAUCUAACACGUAACCUAAGAAUUCCACAACAACUACCUAAUACACACAAAUCUAAAGGGAUGGAAUAAGAAUAUGUACAUAAAUAUAUGGCUGAGCGAUGACAGAGCGGCAUAGGCAAGAUGCAAUAGAUAUAAAAUACAGUAUAUACAUAUGAGAUGAGUAAUGUAAGAUGUGUAAACAUUAUUAAAGUGGCCUUAUUUAAA